AUGUUACCUCGCUCUGAUGAUGUCCGUCAUAUGACGCACGAAAGCUCAGCACGUGUUCACCGGAAUCGAAGGAGAUUACCUCAGAAACAGCGUCAGCAUGAAUCUUCCAGUAAAGCCAAUCGACAGCUGGUCAAGAGGAAUCCGCCGUCGCUCGGAAACGGCGUCUGCAUGAAUCUUCCAGCAAAGUCAUUCGACAGCUAG